UGAUGUCUAUCUUUUCCACUUUCAAUUGGAAUCAGAGUUCAAAAUCAUUUAUUAGUUUUAAAGAAAUUGUUUUUAACGUAAAAAUUUUGUUUCUUGUGUUAAAAUCAGGAGAACAGUUAUCAUAAAAACGAAAUAGUUGCACACUAUAAUUCAAAAAAUUAGGCAUGGCACACGCCACAUCGCAGGGACCUCAACUGCUGCACGGCUUUAAGCGCUUAACACGCUUCGACAAAGGUCUUGGUGCACAACUGCCAGAGGCUUACAAAAAAUUCUGGCGCGAAUGGAAACUUACUACACCAGCUGCCGUACACUAUGUUCCAAAGACUGAACCCUUUGAACACGAUGAAGUGACUGGGGCAGUAAGACCUGUUCAAAAUAUACCCUUGCCAUUAAUCGACACCCCUGAAUCACAUGAAGGAAUUUGGGGUGGAGAGGCUGUUAUCAAAGGUUUUCAAAAACGUCAUCCACAAAAAAGGCGAGUGCCACACUUUUGGGUACCGACGCUACGACGUUCUGUGGUGCACAGCCAAGUGUUAAAUGCGUAUAUUUCAAUGGUUGUGACUGAUCGUACCAUCGAUCAAAUUCACGAUUGUCAUGGCUUCGAUCACUAUCUUCUGAAGAAUCUUGCAUGCGAUUUGCGUUCUGCACUAGCCCUGAAGUUGAAACGCAAAAUCCUAAUGGAAUUGAAGGAUGGCUGUCCCAAUUUAUCGGAUAAUCCUUCUGAGAGAGCGCGUGUUCUUAAGGAAUUUAAAUGUUAUUUGGAUUCGUAUACACCAGAAGAAAUUGAAUGGUACGGUCAUACAUACGAAGAGGCCAUACGUAAAUUGCAAGCUCAAAUACGCGCUGAAAACCCUAUUGUACCCCAUAAAGUCGAAUUCCGGAUGAAAUUAAUUGAACAACUGAGAAAUGCAGGUAUUAGCGAAGCUAGUGGUAGUCAUAUCAAUGAAAAGUCGGCGAAAGGAAACGACGAUGCUGACAUCGAACGCAUAACAAAACUUGAAGCACCAUCCUCGCCUACAUCAAACUGGUUGUCGAAAAUAAACCCAUUUGGCAAAAAACAAGAAACUUAAAGACUUAGUCUAUUACUCUUAUUCACUGUUAUGCAAAAAUUAAUGUUUGUCAAACAUUCUUGUUCUUUUUUUAGAAUCAAUGUAUGUAUAUGGUAUAUGACCUUUCAUCAAUAUUUCUCAUUGAGUCAUAUUUUACAAAAAUUGUAUUGAAAGUAUGCAUGUGAACAUUUCACAUCGCAUACUAGCAGUGCAAUUUUGGUAAAAGGUAAAUUUAUACUCGACUAUGAAAGUAAAAUAAAUCCAACUAUAUAUGCAAUAAAUAUA